AUGAACAUCGGAGCCAAGAGCGUGGUCGGCCGCGUCGCGCCGUCCCUCAUGAAGAUGCAGACCCGCAGCCUGUGGUUCAACGUGGAAGGCAAGGGCGUCGCCCGCGUCCUGCGCGAGAUGAACUCGAUCCAGGAAGAGGAUGGCAUCUUCAAGGAGCUCAACCAGCGCCAGUUCCACGAGAAGAAGUGGCAGCGCCGCAUUCGCAAGAAGGCCGAGUCGGACAUCCGCCACGUCAACCGCGAGCUCGGCACGAUCAUCCACCAGAUCUUCCAGCGCAAGAAGACGGGCCAGUAA